AUGUUCCUCUCACCCAACACGCUGAACCUCCUUCAACCACGACUCCUUCCCCGAGAGGCGACGGAGGCCAAGCAGCAGCAGCAGCAAGCGCCCAAGGAGAUUCCCCCGCAGCUUUUCCCACCCCCGUCGAUCUCCUCGAGGCAAACGGGGUCUGCGCCGCCCCCGGGGGAGUGCCAGGCCCCCUCCCGCGUCCUGAGCGCAUCGGCCUCCGGGGCACGAGCGGGAAACCACGGCGCGGAGGCUGAGCGUCCAGGACCCCGAAUGAAAUUCCUGGCAAGAGCGCGCCCGUCCGGCGGCCUUCACCCGGACGCCUCCGCUCGCCAGAGGAAUUCUUGGAAAGUUCCGCCGCGGUCGCCCCGAGUGACAGCUGACCAGGCCCCAACCCAGUCGAGCUCUCCAAGGCCCCGCAGCCCCAACCCAGUCCAGCUCUCCAAGUCCCCGCAGCCCCAACCCAGUCCAGCUCCAAGUCCCCGCACGGCCACGGACGAGACCCGUUGCAAGACCGCCUGCGCCCGCAUACCGCCGCCGCCGCUGGAGGGCGAACCUACGCAUCCUCACACCGCGCCAGGAAGAAAAAAACGUGUUGGGCCGAGAAGCCGCGCCGUCGCCCCAGCACCCGGGGGCAAACGGCCCGGGGCAAUUACACAGGUUAAUGGAAGCUCUCCGCUCCGCCCGGUGGAGAGGAUCCCGGGCCAUUCAAACGGGUACAUUCUUAGCACAAAUACAACAGCUAUCAACCAAGGGAGGCAUAUUCCGAGUACAAAUAAACGCAUUCCAACCAGUAUCACUCGGGAACACAUCUCGUCGAGCACGGAGAAAUAA